CGCUAUCGCAGCCUGAUCGCCGGCCGAAAUCAGAGGUCUCCGACGACUGUGCGCCCUCCGUUGACGAUUAAAGUGCUCCAUUAAUCUCACUUUCUUAAAACAUAAAAGGUUCUCGGAGGUCAAAACCUUACUAUAUUGCAGAGUUCUGUAUAUUGCGAUGUCCACUUUAUCAGCUUGUACUAUGCACAAUAAUCUGGUUGGCCUGAGAUCAUCAGGAAGUUCCCUUUCCAAAUAUUACGAGGGACAGCACAAAACAUCCACCCUUUCAAAUAUCAGUUAUAAACGUUUGUCUACUGCCGGGCACUUACAAGUGGCUCAUACAAUGAAUUCGGUACACGGGGAAGUGGAACUAAAUGCUAUUCCGUCACACUGAUAAAAGAUCUCCCUUCUCAUUGGGUAAAAAAUUUGAACUUGACGAUGUUAUCGAGGCUCAGCAAUUUGACAGGGACAUUUUAAAUGGAAUAUUCAAAGUGGCUAGAGAAAUGGAAUUGAUUGAAAAGAAUUCACCUGGGAGCAAAAUCUUAAGGGGUUUUCUUAUGGCCACUUUAUUUUAUGAGCCCUCAACUCGAACUAGACUGUCCUUUGAGUCAGCCAUGAAAAGAUUGGGUGGAGAAGUGUUGACAACUGAGAAUGCAAGAGAAUUUUCUUCAGCGGCAAAAGGAGAAACUCUUGAAGAUACUAUAAGGACUGUCGAAGGGUACUCGGAUAUAAUUGUCAUGAGGCACUUUGAAAGUGGAGCUGCAAGAAGAGCAGCCUCCACAGCUACUAUUCCUGUUAUUAAUGCUGGAGAUGGUCCAGGACAGCAUCCAACUCAGGAUGCAACUGCAGCAGCAUGCCAAGGCUUGUGGUUGAGGAGUUUAAUCAGCGAGGUGAUUGGGAGUGAGCCCAAGCCGGUCACACUCUUUGUCGACAACAAGUCCGCGAUUGCCUUGAUGAAAAAUCCAGUUUUCCAUGGAAGAAGCAAGCAUAUCGACACACGGUUUCACUUCAUUCGUGAGUGUGUUGAGCGAGGACAGAUUAAAGUGGAGUUCGUGAGCACGAGCGAGCAGCGAGCGGAUAUUCUUACGAAGGCACUAGCGAGGGUGAAGUUCAUCGAGAUGCGGGAGCUUCUAGGAGUAAGGGACUUAGAGUCUAGUCCAGAUUAA